CUGAAGUUCUCUUGGCCCAGUCAGGAAUAUCAUUACGUUCAGUGUAUUGGGAGCUAGAGGUAAGUCAUUCAUAAAUAUAUUUUAUCUUUUUUGUAGCUCUUGUAUUCCUUUUGGCAACUGCUUCCGAAACUAGACCACUAGCUCCUUGUCCUAAGGAAAUUCCCCUUUUGUAUAAUAUAGGGCAUAUACGGUAUAAAUUUGGGGACAAUGGCUCAAUGAGUCAACCUUAACGUUAUGUGAAUUAGACAAUAAACUAAUGAUACCAACUUUCUGCCUUUUUACUUCUUUUGUGAUUGAUUCUGGAAUGACUGCCAGCUUCCUUUCCCAAAGAAUUUCCCCCCUUUCCUUUACAAAUAGGAUUACAUAUACCGACAUGCAUUUGUAUUAGUCCACACUGAUUGUUUAAUUGGAACAGAUUAUAUCUUCAUAUUUUAUUUAGCUUCUAUGAAAAAUAGCAAAUAAACCUCAAUCAUCAAUAAUUCCAUCAAACGAUAAUUACCGAUCACUUGCUUUAAAAACUGAGUUCAUUUUUUGAUUUGCGCAUGCAGUAGAUGGUCAAGAUCGAUGUUUAGCAUUACGCCACAAGUCAGAGCGGGAAAUUCGUGCUGAGAACGGAAUUUUUUCUCCUAGCCUGAGACCGAUGCGCACAUUUCACAAAGUUAUUUUAAAGCUUGGAAAACUCAAUGAAAACAAAACAGAGUACAGGGAAUCUAUAUUUCUGAGCAGAAUUGGUUCAGAAUCAUUUUCUUAUUUUGUUUUAACAAGCGAAACUCUCAAAUAAUCAGUUACUCGAAUUAAGUAAUAAUAUUUCUUUAUACAUUCAAGGAUAGGAAACGUGCUUUGAUACAAUUCGAUAUAUAGGAAAAAUUCCUAAAUUGAUAACCGUAUGUUCGUCCCCCCGCGCCUUCGGGAAGAUAUCGAUCAAUCGCAUGUUCAGCAUUCGAUUAGCAUAGAUCAUUGACUGAUGCACGUAGAAGUUACUAUAAAGCAAGACGCAACUUUAUAGGACCUGGGAGUGCCAAACCGUUUGGUAAAAUGUCCAAAAUAGUUAAAUAGAUAAGUUCAUUUUGGGCAAAAUGUUCCGGACUAUGGCAAGCAAACGAUUUUCUGAUUGUCUACUGAAUUUUAUAUAAAAUAUUAACAGCUGUGUUUUUCCUUUUCCACAUUCAAAUCCCAAUGCUUUCUCCUGGAUAAGUAAAACUGUCUGUUGGGCGUUGUUACACAGUUCAUUCUGCAUGUCCGUUUCCUCUUUUAAUGAAUUCUAAAACUGUGUCUGGCUCAAACACAAUAAUAAAACAAUAGAUGACAACACACCUUAGGAAAAAAAAAUUACAGUUGAGGCACGUUAAGGGAUAAAUGUGGAAGAACAAGUGCAAUUGUGAUCAAUAUUUAAUGUAUACAUUAUACCGAAAUUCUUGCUUGUGCCAGCUGUUUUCAUUUAUAUAUACAAAGUAAUUUGCAUAAAGUGCGGCUAUACAUUUUCCCGGAGAUUUGUAUGCAAAUAACUAAAACUGGUGCUUUCAUUUUUGUUAGAAGUAAGUAGUCGCUUCCUGUCGUUGAUAAUUACAUCGCUUUACUGCUGUUGGUGUUCCGAAUUGAUCCUCUACCCUGUGGCGUACUGAAGGUAAUUGGAAAAUAAUGCUCAUUUAAUUGUUGUUUAGUUUGUACUUUUUAUUCAAUAUACUGUGUAAAUGUAUAAUAUAAAAAGUUUGCGUGCGUAUGAAAAUAUUUACUAGCAAAAAUCUUCAGUCAGUCUUUCAAAACAAUUCCAGCCUAUACUAACUGAAUGCAUGGGCAAGAAAAACAUUAAGUAAAAGUUUAAUAUACACAUCCAUGCCGUUUGUACUGUUUGUUCAGCUGGGUGCCUUGCUCUUGAUAGGGUCUAAUGUGAAUAAGAUCAAUGCAUAAAACAAAUGUUUACUAUAGUUUAUCAUUGGGGAGCCAAAAUGAACUAGGGGGCCCGGCAAUGUUAUUCAAAAGCAAGAAAAAGGUAUUACUAUUGCGUGAUUGCCAAAAUCACGCGCGCGCUCUUUCGUGCAAGUCAUGCAGGGCCUGUGCACAAGCGUGGUGUACAUUUUAAGGCUGACUAAAACUAGCGAAUCCAAAGCCGGAAAACUAACCAAUAACAUUGCGGAAAUUUCUAACCGCGUUAAAUUGGUUUGUGAAAAAGAAAGUGUUCUUUGCAAUUGUAUAUAGUUUUACCAUCUGUGCAAAUGCUACUGCGUUGCGGCUUACAUUUGAAAUAUUUUUUGCACGAUGACGAAGGCCGGAUGGCGCUGUCCACCGGGUAGUAAUUUUUCCAAGAUCCCAAAACUGGCAUCCCAUUGGUCUAACCUUGCAGAUUAAAAUCUUAAAACAUAUUUAUAAAGUUAUGUUAUAUUCAUUGUAGUUUCAAAAAUCAGAAAAUCCAUAUCCGUUGGAUAGUACUAUCCUUCGUGCAACCACGCAAUUCAGUAGUCAUUGUUUGGCAACUAUGAAUUCAAAUUAUUUAAUAUAAAUUAACCUAUAAUCAUAUAUUACAGCCGUACUAUUGGGUAAUUAUCAUUUAUUGUACAUUUAAUGUAAAUCGGUAACCAAUUAUGUGGAGUAUUCAACAUUCAAAAACUCAUUAAUAAUUCAUGAAGCAAUUAUCCAAUCUUGAGUAAGAAAUUAGUCACGUGCAUACGUCUUUAUACCAGCUAAAGAACACUUUAACAAAAGAUCAUUGUUAUGCAAACUAUAUAAAGGUUUUUAUAUAAAGAUUUUUAUAUAAAGAUUUUUAUAUAAAGAUUUUUAUAUAAAGAUUUGACUUAUUAUGCAUACGUUUUUGAAGUCAUUUAAAAAACUCGCGUGUCGUGUUUUAUUAUGGCUUUAAACCAAAUAAAACACUCCUGCUCGUUUUUUAAAUAGUACAUCAAAAGCUAACGGGUCAUUAGGUACAGAACAAUUAAUAUUGAACAAUCACAGGUGACUGGCGCUUUGCUUUCUGGCACAGUCAGUGAUAACUUGAUCUAUUUAUCCUAUUUCGCAAUUCCGAAUAAAAUCUUUGAUUCUCAGACAAGUCAAUGAAUUCAAUAUGUUCGUUUUAAUAUCGAGAAUCUUCUCUUCUUUCUUUAAUCACAUGCUUUUCAUCUUGCACUGCUGCUAUUAAUUAUAAAAAAGUGCAUGAAAAUAUUAAGCAAUUUAUAUGUUUGUAUAGCCUAUACAGUUUGAUUGCCGGCAUGCGAUCAAAGAGACCAGAAAUUGAAUUCAAAGAACAUAGUCUAUGGUUGUCCAGCAUUCCAGCAGAGAACAUAAUUUAAAUGUGCUGGCUUUAAUCCUAGGCCUAACAACAAUCAAGUGACAAUAAUAAUCUCUGUUUUUGUCUAAUUAAGCUUUCAAUUCGGAAGGUGACGCACAUGUAUAUAUCUUUUGCUCUCGGCAGAGACGUGCUGGGGCCUUGAAAAGGACGACGAAUGAACAACGUCUGAUGGGGCCCAGUGACCUAUGGAUCAAGAUUGGGGUGGGGGUAUUACUGGAUCACAGAUAUGAAACAUUUCAGUCGCUAAUUAAUCUUUUUUCCCAAAAAGGGGUGGGGGAGUAAAAAAAUGACUGGACUUACCAUUUUUUAGCAACUUUCCAAUUAAUGUACCGUAUUUCGGCAAUAUAUUCGUAAAUUUAGAUUUUUAAAAUAUACAUUGUAAUAUCUUAAUCUUGAUUAUCAAAAUUAAAAUCCAUAUUUUUUAUCUUUUCCAAUGUUGUAAUUUUAGGGGCCAACAACAAGUUCUUGUCGGCUCGUCCCUAGCCAGCACGUCCCUGACGCUCGGUUGGGUAUUACUGAACUGUGAAAAUAAGCGUUCCAGCUAAACAAAACCUUAAAAUAUCUGAAGUGCACAGUCCCUCAAAUUUGCUUCGAAAAAAAUUAAGAUUAUAUAUAGCCUGCUGGUUAUUACUGUUAUGAUAUAAUGUAAGCAUAUAAUGCAAAGAAAAGGUAACCGAACACUUGAACAAACUAUAUAAUAGGUGAACGAAUAUAUUGGGUAGCUACGGCCGUUGGCCGGGCCAAGUGUAGACAGUUGUCAAGACUUAUAACGUGCACGAGGACUAAAGCGGAUUGAAACCUGUCAAGCUGGAGAGCUACUGCGCAUGUUCAAAAAUGUUCGCUCGUCCCGCGCAGGCAAAGCGAUUAUAAUGGACCGGCCUUUAGCCGAUGGUGGUAAUUUUUGCCGCCAAUAAUCUCCCACUGAUAAAACCCUUUUCAUCAGGCAAUUUAAAAUAUUGGAAAUAAAUUAUGCUUCUGCAUUUAAUAGUUAGUAUAGCAUUGAAUAGUAUUGACCCUAAAAUGUAUGCAAUUUACUUGCCAUGUGAUGUCAUGAAUGAGGCGAGACGUGGCCGAACCGAGUAAUCGUCAAAAUGUGAUAGGAUUAUAAAGUUUCUAUGUGAUCUGAACCAGAAAUACAAUUCCAACUAACUGAACUAAGGACAGGUAUGACAAUGAAUCACAAAUAAACUAUGAAACAUUCCUUUGCAUUCCGUAUGAUGCGGGAUUAACAUGUAAACACGUCCGGAAUGACGCGAGAUAAUGAUUUCACGUGGUGAGAAUGCUGCGUGAUGACUGCACGCAAAAGUUUGAAACCUUUGUUAAUAAAACAUUUUCCCAAAAUCUGAACUUUGCAAACUUAGUCAGUUCAGUGAACCUUGUGGUGAAAAUAGGCUCAGCCAAUCACGAGGGACUAUCUUUUUCACAAAAGCUCUCACGCGCAGUGAAUCGAUCGCAAAACGUCAAAAUGAAGAAACACCUUUAAAACAAACUUGCACGAGAUUCAAUCUCUAAUUAUGCGUACUACUAGGAACAAAAUCAACAACAUUUGUGAUCCAAAAUAAAUAUAUAUUUACAUGCAGUAUAGUCCGUAGUCCGUACUUCCUGUUCGCCGUUGGCAUUUUAAAAGAUUGACUAUAGCUUUGUGUAAGGGAUGAUAUUUCACUUUGGAAAGCUAAUUUAUUUGAGAAAAUAAUACCCAAAUGAGUUGAAAAAUAAAAGAAGAAAUAACUCUGGUAAAAAUUUUGCAUUUGUUUCAUUCGAGGUUUCAUUUGUUCAAUUUUGAAUGUAUUAAUGGAGAAUGUCCGUCGAAUGGUUGAUGCCUGCGUAGGUAGCGAUGAGUACAUGAAGGGACGUAGCGACCGGGGGGGGGGGACUGUGGGAAACUGUGAAACUCAAGCGAAAAUCAGGUAACAUUCAAGUUAAAAUUUUAUUUCAGAAAAUUUGCGUAAUAAAGUAAUUCAAUUUUUCUCCCGAAACUUAGUAUGACAGUGCAAAUCAAUCACAAAAAGCUUUAUUCGACAUUUCAAGCGAAUACCCUUCGUCAGGAAGCUUAAUUUAUUAAUACUGUAUGGUCUUUCAAGUAGUUCAGCCAAUUAGAAGCUAACCAACAAUUUGCAUUUUAUGGGUGAAAUAUGAAUUAGCAUAUGGCAACGGGUAUUAACAUGCACAUUAGCGGAUUAGUCGAUUCUGAAACUGAGGUAGAUUUGUAGCAACGCAGUAGCGCACAGAUAGCUGUGACAGAGACGCAGAGCAACUAAUUAGCUCUGUGCAAUUCAGGUGAAAAUUAAUUAGUAUGUCGCAGUAUGAGUCAAUACUGCAGUGAAGUGACACCUUAUAGCCAUUUUUAAUUAACGGUUCCCACACAAUUUGUGAGGUUGAAACAUGCAUUUGGAGUUUUGGACCUUAUCUCACCGCCAGAUGGUUUUUUCUCUGAAAGGAAACUAAAUAUUCUUAGCGAAAACUAUCAGAACUUAGUUACUCCAGUAUCAGAACUCAGUUGCUGAAUAAUGUUCAGGCUAACCUAUAUACUUGGGAAACUAGGAAAGAUUGUUGUGGAUACAUUUCAGAUUGUUUUAUGUUCCGUCAAUUUUUUCCUUGUUUUCCCAACCUCGGACAUUGCUGCGGAGACAAAAUUAUUUUUCUGAAAGAAGCGAAAACGUUUUACCAGCAAGUUCAGAAACAGUGACAAUGUUCACUAGUUUGUACUGGACCUAUUCAUUUUUUUUUUCUCUUGAAGAGGAAAAAUUGAAAAAAGGCUACCAAAAAAUAUCUGAGUAAAUAUUAAAUCUGUUCUUAACUUUGCGUGACUCUUAAAUUGGUAACCAGCUGCUGUAAAGAUAUGAAGUAUAGAUAUCCAGCUUGGCACCAGGGGUUUGUAAGAAAAAUAAUACCAGCUAUAUCUUUGGGUGUUAUAAUUUUCACACCGACAUCAAGGUAUUGUUGGUAUGUAGAUACUCCAUUCCAUUAAUUGCGAUGAGGUCUCAGAUCUCAUUAUUUCAUCAAACAUUGUUACACAAUAGUCAGUUAUUGUAACCGUGCCAAGGUAUAUAGCUACACAUAUAGCUUCUCUCUCCAGGCCUGGGUAUGUCGCAUUGGGUCACAGUUCGUGAGAAAAUCGCGUUGUUGGCUGAAUGCACCUAUAUUGGUAGGUUUUAGCAAGCGCCACAAGACUGAGCAGCAAUGUUGACAAUGAUAGGAGCAAGAAAAUUACUACCUUUCUCAUUUCUAUAAAAUGCCCACUACACAUAUACUAUAAAUCACUUUUUAUAUUCUGGUUCACCACCGUUUGUUGCAUGACCAUUCGUAGUGAAUUAUGCUACAUUUGGGACAUAUUGUUCAAUAAAUUAAGGGUGUUUUCAUGCAUGGAAAUUUCGGACGACCUAUAAGGAUAUUAAGACCUAACCUGGAGUCGGUUGCGAAAAAUGCCAUUGGCAUUGUAGGAGAAAGUGCUUAUUAAAACCCCACUUAUUGUUGACUAGUGAUGAAAGUUUGAUCUAUUGAUCCUGUUACUGCACCUGCCUGCUUCGCCGGCUCUUCUUAUAGCACAUAUCAGUUAUAUGAAGAUAUAUAGAUCAGUUGUUCGGCUACGCGGGAGUGCGCGAGCCUGAUAAAGGCGCCCGCCCGCCCGCACGUAAAGACGAGCACAAAGAAGAGGCCUCCUUGUCACUCUUGUCGUUUCUUGAUUUAUUUUAGCUACCUAAUGCCAGAAUAUUUUAUUCAUGCCUCCAAUUCGCCUACUUAUUGUUAAUUAUUGGUUAAUUAUUAAAAAACUUUCGUUCCUACAAUCACGUGCAAAAAUUAUUGAGACAACAACGCAAUCCCCCUCCUCCCCUAAGCAAUGUUGUAAUUGGAUAGCUUAUUAAUUAAAAGUGAAGUUGUCGACGUUCGGUCGACGACGGCAGUUGAGAGAGACGCAUGCGCACUUAUUGUAUUGCCAAUUUACUUCUGCUUGCCGUCCUUAUCUAUUUGCUCAGUCCUGACGUCCUAGCUGAAGUCGACAUCGUAGAUCUUAAGCUAUUUAUAUGACAUAAAGGCAGAUUGUCAGUUCAAACUUUUUCGACGGAGGGUGGGGACCAAGAACUUAAAAACAGGAUAAAAAUAUGAAAAGUUGACACUUGGUUGCUGACACUCGAUUUUGCCACGGGAAACCGAUUGGCAGUCUCGGAUCCACAAAACAUAUUGUUUCCCGACGGUCCCAGUUACUAGUUAAUUAAAUAACGAAGGAACUUGUCUCGUUAAAACGACAACUUGGGGCUUACUUGAUUAGAGUUAUAAUCAAAGAGCUUUGUUGAUGUAACAUUUCCUUAGGCAAACAAUGUGUUUCAUAUUGAAAGAAUAAACCAAGAAAUAAAAAAGUCUAGGCUUAGAAAAGUUUAGAAAGACAUCGUUGAACGACAGAGGAAAAUUGUCAGAAGAAAGGUGGAUGGAGACAUAAUUAUGUGCCCCACUUUUUUCAGAGCCGGAACCCCCACGUUUUAAAUCGGUUGUGCUGUUUUUUGUCCAACAUUUGGGACGACCACCUCAGGUCUAGGAUUUUGAAAAAUCACGCAUGUAUAAGAAAAAUAUCCGGAAGGGAACAUCCUUACAUUAAUUGGGCGGUUCCUCCUUCUCCGUCAAUCAGUUAAUUUAGUUAACCAACCAGUGACCUUUAAUUCAGCAACGCAUUCUGCCACAAUUCUGCAUACCAUUUUCUGUGACAUCAGAGAGAUUAAGAAAGCGAAGUUCUUGAUUCACGAACACCGACAGUUAUAGAUGGCGAACCGUUAUAGACUUAUAGAUGGCGACAGCCGUCGUUGUUUGAAAUGACGAACGUAAAACUACAUCGACUGCCGUUCUUGAUUUCAAGCACGAACUGCUCGUAACGUCCGUUGACACAGAAUAGACAUAUACAGAAAACUGACUCAGCCAAAAAAGCGUAACAUGAUUCGCAAUGAUUCGUCAUCAAAUUCCACGCGUCAUGUUCCUAGCCAUGAGUGCGCUUACGAAUUCACCCAAUGAACGUCCGCCAUUUUCAAUAUUUUCAGAGGGUGAAUGCAAAGCGCACUGGCGUUUACGCCAAAAUCAUAGGCGGCAACAAGAAGUCGGACUAUAUUUAAAGGUACGUUUACACACAACGAUUAAUCGGGCCGAUUUCAGGUUUUGCCGAAUGUUAAUGACGAAUAGUUGUCAGUUGACUAUGUCGUCAGAUGACGUUGACGGCGUAUUUUUCAAAUAUCAUUUAAUUAAAGCUGAAUCAGACCGAUUAAUCGUUGUGUGUAAACGUACCUUAAUCUCUCUAACAAGCUUCUUCCGCGCCUAAUACAGGGCCACACAUUUAGUCACAUCACUAAGUUAGAAUACAUAUCAACCCUAUCUCGAGCUAGACUAUUAAGGUUAGUUUUCAGUGCGAGGCGAUACUCAUGGGCGUACCGGGCGGGAGGGCGGAGGGGGCGGCAGCCCCCCAAUUUGUGGGCAAACAAAGCCAGUCGGGCAAUAUUCGCUUCACAGUCGGGUAAUAUUGGCUUAUUAUAAAAAUAAAUGGGACAAAUUCUGUCAAUUUUGUGGGAAAUUCUGUCAAUUUUGUGGGAAAUAUGCUAUCUAUAAUAGGAAUUUUUUGUAAUCAUUCCUCCCGGCGACAAUUUUGGAAAGUGUCUCCGGAAAAUUUUUUUGACAACUCGGGCACAAUCCGGAAAAGUCGGGCAAAUUUCUUUCCGCCCCCCUAAUUUUUUCCUUCCCGUACGCCCAUGGCGAUACUCGCCGAUUUCUAUUCCGCGAUCGUCGGUGAGCAUUGCAGGCAGGAGAUUUUCGUAGUUCGUCUGCGAUCUUCAUUGUUUUUCAUGAUUACGCGACUAUUUCAAGCGUGUAGAGGAGCUGGGACUGAGGUAAAAGUUCUACGAAUGUCGCUGACAACUCGCAAACCGUGUUCUCAUUUGUUUCAUGAUCGCAGAGUGUCCGCGACUGCCGCCGAUUGUCGCAACAAAACAUUUUUUAUUUAGCACGACUGUCUGCGACUGUCGCGGGUUAAAUUAUCCGAACCUAUAGGGUUCAUUACAAUGGCCAAUGGGCGGUUUUCAUUUGCCCUAACCCGCCUGCGAUGCUUGUCAGCGGUCACAAAAUUGACAUCGGCGAUUGUUACCGACUAAUGAAAACCAGCUAGCCUUAACUUUGUGUCAUGUGUGUUGGGCCAUGGUUGUUGACAAGGAUUGUUUCGUCGCCACUCAGAUUUUAAAAAUGUGUAACAUUUUUAAUUUAUUCUAGAUUCACAAAAUGGAACUGACAGUGAAAGGAGUAGUUGCUAUUUUUGCGUGUUUUUUGGCAGUUUUCACACAGACUAUAUCGGCAAAUGCCAAUUAUUCAGGUUUGUGCUCUCUUUUAACUAUAUGACUAGGUCCAGGACAUAUAACUAACUUGCCUUUGUGUCUGGUGUUAUGCACUCAGGUGAAGAUAUAUAUGUUUGUGAUGUUGCUCUGAGUGCGUCCACACCUGGCAAGCUGAAAUGUUUGCUUGGCCGCGGUGGGAAUCGAACCCGCAACCUUUGGUUUGCUAGUCCAAUUGCUCUACCAAGUGAGCUACGAAGUCAAUUAGCCUUUCUCACGGCCGAUUUUCCCGCCAUUUUCGGGGUCCUGCCUCUCCAACGUUUGAGAGUCUCCGCACUACGAAAUGCGACUUUUUAGUAUUAUAGUUGUUUGUAUAAUGGUGUAAAUUUACAGUUACAACUUUUAAAAGUCUCUUUUCGCAUUGUUUGAAUUGUCUAGAAUCUUUCACGAGGGCAGACAGUACACCAAAAAUGACGGUUUCGGCCUUCGUGAGAAAGACUAAUUAAGUCGGUUCGAAUGGGUGAUAUUUUAAAAUUAAAAUUCAAGAUCGUAAAAACACACUGAUAUCUGAACUUGCCAAGAAACUGCGUCUGUGCCUUGGGUGCUAACUGAAUAAUCUAAUAAUAUAUUUCUCUCAAAUUAAAGCCAUUAAAGAAUAACCUGAACAAAAGCUUUACAUUAUUUCUGAAAUAAUUAAUAAUUCAUGAGCAAAACAAAAAGGAAACCAGCACCGCGUAUCGGCGUUGUUUUGAUAGCAUGUCAUAAAGUCACUCAAAGCUAUCGCCUUACAUUUCUUUUUAAAUAACUAUUAUUCAGUGUAAAUUUUAACUUCCAAAAAUUGUAAAUCAUAUGCAUAUUUCAACCUCCACAAAAUGCAAAGUCCGUGUGACAGAUAACAUAGCAAAUUCGAAAGCUAUUUAUUACUGACGCGUAUAAAACACCACAAUGUGACAAUGUAUAUUAAAAACUCGGCUAACGCCUCGUUUUUCAACACACUUUUCAGUAUUUUACACACUUCUACAUCUAUAUGUGUUAAGUCGGUAAAAUCCUUUCGAACAUCACACCAACUAUUUAUAACUAUACCUAUUCUAAAAAUCUAUAUUUACAACAAUGUUUACUGUUAUUAAAAAUAAGUGCUUUUAAAUUGUUUCUAAACUGGAGGAGAUUCUCUGAGCUCACAAUUUUUUCGGCACUUUUACAAAUAUUUCGAAUAUCUUAACUAGGGGAGGCGAGCGGAUAUUAUUAUUUUUAGCAGGCGUAUAAUUAUUCAGCCAUUCUCCUCCACCUGAUUAAUUAUCCAUUAUCAUGGGUAAUAAUGGUGACUAGUAGUGGUAAGAGGUAUGGAUAGUCAGGGGAUGUCAUUUGACUCAUAAUUGCGUGUGUAAGGCUCUGCAGAGGGAGAGUGCAAUCUUGAUUAAAAAUACUGCCAACAUUCAAUCAAUGUAAUAGUAAUAUUAAUGCAAUAAACUUUGUAGCGCAUAUACCAUAAAUCCUUAUAAAGCAACUCCUGAUAAAUAACCCCCUCACUAAUAAAGCUCCCCCUUAUUCCAUAGAUAUCUUAUAUACACUAGAUAGCGCAUCGAUCUCUUUUAGUAAAAUUGAAGCCAAGAAUAUUCCAGCGGUUAUCCCCAUUUGAAUAGAUAGCGGUCAUGUUGAAGUUUCUCACUCGCUAAUAAACGCUUAAAAAACAACAAUAACUUUUAUCUUUGAAUAGUUUGAAAAUGUAUUUGGGAUAGGUUUAACUUAAUGUUUUUAAAAGUUCCCUGUUUAAGAAAUAGAAAACAUACGAGUCUUCUCAUUUCAUGGGAAUAUCCUGAGCAGUGGCGGAAAUUCACUCUUUCCGGUGGGGGGUGGAGGGCAAAGCCUCCUAAAUUUCCGACAAAACUUUCAAAUUUCCGACGUACCCCCCUAUUUACACUCGAAAAGACUGUUUUUAGCCCUCUUUUAGGUCAAAAUUUCCGAAAAUUCGUCAAUUUUCCGUGAAGGUGGGGGCGGCCGCCCCCUGCCCCACCAAGAUAUCCGUCACUGAUCCUGAGUCUGAAAUCACGGCUUCCAUUUUUGAAUUGCAGAAUAAUUAGAUGUGCUAUCUAGUGUAUAUAAGAUAUCUAUGCCUUAUUCAGAUGAAGAAAUUUAUUAACCCUUCUCUAUUGUAAACUUCCCUAUAUUUAAGCCCCCACUCUGGCCUUCCGCCCUUCAUGUUAAUUUACUGAGUUUCUUACAGACGGCAAAAACAGUCCCCUAACUGCUCCCUCUCCGUAUUAAGUCCUACAUCUUUCUAAUAACUCCACGCUUUCCACGCAAUAAGUCUCUUCCUCAACGUCGCAAUUUAUUUUGAAAUUGGAUUCUUGAUUUAGGAAAUUGUGAAACGCCAAUAGACGUUGCUUUCUUAAUGGACUCUUCUGGCAGUCUUGGUAGAAGUAAUUACAACAGGUUAAAGGAAACGGUUUACAACAUGGGAACGUAUUUUGGAGUCUCACCAAUGGGUUCACACGCGUCAAUCAUCUUGUACAGUGAUUAUUAUGAAAUAGCGUCGAAAUUUGACCAAUUUAUGACGAUUGGACAAUUCCGAACAACUGUCCUUCGCCUCAAAUAUUUGUCACAGCGUUCGCGCAUGGAUGCAAGUCUCACUGCUGCGCAAAGCCAAAUUUUCACACGCAAAGGAAACACCCGAGAUUUUCUCCCAAAAGUCGCUAUUCUUUUCACGGAUGGUAAACAAUCAAGAUUUCGAGAUCGCGUACCACUUCCAGAAGCGGCCCGGAAAUUGAGGGAAAAUGGUGUCAAUAUCUUUGUGAUUGGUAUUGGAAGUGGACCGAGUAAGAGCGAGUUGGAGAGCAUGGUCGUCGACAGAGAAAAUCAUAUUUACAGAAGUCAGAACUUCCGAGACUUGAAGGACCAAAGUGAAGCCGUUGCUGGCAAAAUUUGUGAAUUAUUUGGCGGUAGGUCACCUUUGUGGAAUAUACAGGAUCAGACUCUACUUGUAAAAAUAGCAUUUAAAUUUAAUAUUCAGAGUGCGUUACAAUACUCUCAUGCCGCCACAAAUUGAUUAGGGACACGCGGCUGUGAUCGUUACCGUGCCAUUCCCGUGUUACGUUAAGGUAAAGUGCGUUUUGAUUCAAACGUUGCUGAAGUUUUUGUUGCAUUCAUACAUGUUCUGUGGUUGAAUGAAUUAUUGAAUUAUUGAAUCCUAACUAAGAUUAAAUCAUUGAAAUAUAAUACUGAAACACUGAAUUUGAAUCCUAAAUUGAAUCCUAAAUUGUAUAAUCGAAUCCUUUGACUAAAUCAUUGAAUCCUAAGUCACUGGCUUGUGCAGGAAUAGUUUUUUUGUCACAUUGGCUAUAGAGCCUCGUUUUCGUGAUUGCAAACGUUGGACUCCAAAUGCUCUAUGGCCAAACUGACAUACUUUCCGGAAGGGUGCAUGUAUCCAUGACUCACUUUUGUAAUGCGCAUUUAAUAAUUGUAUGCUGUAUAAAUGCGCAAUAUAAAUACUGUUUUUAAUUAUUUUAAGGUAUAAAAGCCAAAUUAAAUUAAGGAAUUUGAAUAAAUUUUUUUUUCAUUUUAGCAAGGAAACGUGAUGUGUCUCCCAAUCCUGUUGACAUUGGAUUUUUGCUUCAUGGCGCCGACAGUCUUUCUAAAAAAGAUCGAAACAAGGCAAAACAAUUUAUCUCUUCCGUGGCAACCACUCUUGGGAUAGAAGUGCCUAACUCUCGCGCUGCGUUAUUGCAAUACAACGAAGGUGUCGGAUCAGUUUUUACAUUCAGCAAAUACACAGAUCUGACAAAUUUCUACGAUAAUUUACACCGUUUGCCGGUCUCCACAGGGAAGAACCAAAUCGACGUGGCGAUCCGCGAAGCCAGCAAGCAGAUAUUUUCUUCUGAAUCACGAUUGGCAGUUUCACGGGUGGCAGUGUUACUAACUUUCGGGAAACCUCUUAAUAUACAGCAGGCACAAAUUGCAGUAAUUCAGUUGCGUUCAAAGGGAGUGAAGUUGUUCGUUGUUCAUGUUGGAUCAGCGAGGGAAAUGACAUCAUUGCGCAAGCUCGUCAGUAAUAAACAUAAUCUUUUUCAUGCAAAUACAAUUGAUGAUCUCAUGGAUCUCGUCAUACCACUCCAUGACAAAAUUGUUAAUGAAUCAGGUAGUUAUCGGCAAAUUUCUAAUGUUUUUUUAGUUCUAUACUCAACAACAGCGACGACGACGACGACGACGACGACGACGACGACGACGACGACGACGACGACGACGACGACGACGACAACAACAACAACAACAACAACAACAACAACAACAACAACAACAACAACAACAACAACAACAACAACAACAACAACAACAACAACAACAACAACAACAACAACAACAACAACAACAACAACAACAACAACAACAACAAAAGGCGACAGAAACCAAAAUAAAUGACGUAAUUUCUGCUCAUUUUUAGUGCCGACAGCCAAGGAACUUUCCUCCGUGCCUGCCUCUUAUUCGACCAUACGCGUCAAAUGGAUUCCAGCUUUCGACCCAAAUGAAGUAAUUUCUGGCUACGAAGUGCAAUGGACCGUUAUAGAGGACGACAAGGGACUGCAUAUUAUUAACAGUCCAUUGCAAUCAUCGGGAGUUCUUCCAGCUGACGUCAGAGGAUAUGAGAUCAGCGGUUUAAGUAUGUAUUCAUUUAGGCCUGUUUUUUACUACAAGGCAAAUGGUUUCAAGUGUAGACAUAAAAUAAUCAAACCCGGGUCUUUCUUAUGUACCAUUCUCAUUGCGAAAUAAUAAAUUAGCAAAAGAUAUAGGCCUCAAUGCGCCUCUGCCAUAUUUCUCCUCGAAAUAUGUGAUAAUAAAAUCCACUUUAGAAAAAAAUGUGGUGUGCCAUUAUUGGCAUGGUGUCAGUAUAGAAAAAUAUAAAUUAUAAUGAUUAUUUCAUCUAAGUUUAUUCUAGCACCUUAAUUGUUAAAGGUGAUCUACAGUCCGAUCUGCGCAUGUGCACAAAUGAGCCCAUUUUUAUGAUACAAACAGUUUAACUAUGUUUUGAUUUCUUGAAAAGCCUGAUUGUUGUUUCUUGAUCAUUUAUUAUACUCUAGAAGCUUGAAAAUAUAAAUAGUUGUCGAGUAAAGCUCAAUAUUUUGGACGCAAAAAUGUAAACAAAGGCUUUGUUUACAUACGGACUGUAGAUCACCUUUAACUUAAACAAUUAGUUACAGUAGAUUUAAUUAAUGUAACACGGUGAUUAUAAUUAUAACUUACCAUUUUCUCUCAUCCUACUUUCAAUAACAUCUAGCACCAUACACUCUUUACAAGAUCCAUCUCAUACCACAAUGGCAAGCAGGAGUACGUGGUGAUAUUCCAGAUACCCAGAGUAGGACAUUGGAAGGUAAGUUUAUGUAUUCCAAUCAGGAGUUCAGCUAAAUUCAAGUGUCAUUCGAGACAUUUAGUCCAUUCUUUAGUAAGUAAGUAUAAGGAAGUUCAUUGUGUUUAAAGGUAACCUACAAGCAUUAACCAUCAACUGUAUUAAAGUUUGGUGGGACUGAAAUAGGCCUAAGAACACUUUGCAUAACAAUAUCUGGAGGACAAGAAAACUGCUGUGCUUGUUCACAAAUCCCACAGCACUCCAUACUCUCUAGCCUUUUAUUGUUCGUAUCUCUGGAAAUUACCCACCCAUUCAAACAAUUUUCCCUUCACCCCUUGAGUGGAAAAAUCAUCUGGGAUAGUAUGGCACUAAUAAAAAGAGAACGGAUGGGCUAAUAGACAGGUCAAUGCUCAACAUUAUGCAACAAAAUGCACAUUUGACAGAGUAAGGUAACAAAGCAUGGUUCAUUCGGGCACUUUGCGAGGAAUAACUAGUAUUAACGGAAUUUGCCGUAGCAAUUUUCGUUUUGUCAUUGUCAUUAUUAGUUCUUCAUAAGUGCUGUUGGAAAUUAAAGAUCACGUUUCGUUAAAGACACAGAUUGGGAAUGACAUACUAAUGCAUUAGCUGAGCUGAAACACAUAACACAGAUUAACACUAGUUUGCAAGAAAUGAAGUUUGUGUAAUCCUUUCAUUCUCCUCCCAUGAAUAUAUUUUUGAUGAUCUCAUGAAAAUACCCAUGCAUUUCCUUUAUCUAGACAUUGACGAAUGUUUGACUGAUCCAUGUGAUGUAAAUGCGAAGUGUACAAAUACAAAGAGAUCAUUCAGCUGUAAAUGUAAUAUUGGAUAUUCUGGAGAUGGAUUUUCUUGCACUGGUAAAAGCAAUUACGUAAUGUAAAAACUUUUUGUAAGGCAAUUGUCUUUCGCAGAUUUACCUUGUCAAACUAUAGGCACGUUGCUGUUUCGAUUUGUGCCUUUCAGGCGUGCAUGAUAAUUAACAAUUAUUGGAUGAGGUUUUUGUGAUAUGCGGAAUUAUCAAGGUCGAGGUAAGCGUUAUCAGCCGAGCCGAAGGCGAGGCUGAUAACGCUUACCGAGACCUUGAUAAUUUUGCAUAUCGCAAAAACCGAAUUCAAUAAUUGUUUUAUUAUACAUUUGAAGAAUAAUAAACAUUAGUAUUUUAAUACUAUGUUUAUUAUUCUUCAAAUAUAUAAUAAAACAAUUAUUGAAUUCGGUUUUUGCGAUAUGCAAAAUUAUCAAGGUCUCGGUAAGCGUUAUAUUCAAUAUGAUUUCUGGCAAAGCUGUUCAAGUAAGGGGCGGACCAUUAGAAAUCCCGGGAGGGGGGUGAAAAUUCCCCCAAAAAAAUUCGUGCAAAGAAAAAUGCCUGGAAAAAAAUUCGUGCAGCCAUUACGUCAGAGAAAAAAAAUUCGUGCAAGCAAACAGCAAAGUACAAGUAGUCUUGAAAAAAAAUUCGUGCAGAGGUUAAAUGCAUUAAAAAAAAUUCCUGCAGAGACAUGAGACUGAAAAAAAAAUUCGUGCCGCAAAAAUUUUAUACCCCCCCUCCCGGGAUUUCUAAUGGUCCGCCCCUAAAACGUUUCUGUAAACAAGUCUCCGGAAGUCCAACAGUUAAAUUAAUUACAAAUAUAAAAGAAACAUAUUAUCGUUAAGAUGUUAACGUAUUAAAAUAUUUACUUGUUAAAGUAAACAUUACAAUUAUGAAAUGUACAUUCAUUCGAAAAUUGAAAUGUACACUCAUUUGAAAUGUACACUCAUUCAAUUUCACGCAACCUACACAAAAUUCAGUUAUCUGCUAGCAGAUAACUGAGUUACCUGCUAGCAGAUAACUGAAUUUUGUGUAGGUUGCGUGAUUUAACUGUAAGCUCCUAGCCAAUCAAAUUGCUUUUACCAACUACAAUGUAUAAUAAAAGUAUUUAUUAAUUCGGUACAACACUUUGGUUAUCAUCUCGACGGGAAAAUAUGCACAAAUAAAUUUGCAGAUUAGCGGUGUUUUACAAUAUAUUAAUGUACUUUAUUGCACAUUAUCCGGCCAUUGCACAUUAUGGUCCAUAAAGGAAAAACAUGUCAAAAUUUGAAGGGAGGUUUACAAAGUUUUCGAGAUAUUCGUGAAUGACGGUUACAGAAAAAGUUAUUUGUAGAAUUUCUUAAAAUUUGGAUAUGUUGUACCACUCGUCUUGUAUAACAAAACAUAAGCAUGAUCUGCGCAUGCGUGUAAAUUGUAGCGUGUGAUUUUAAUAUAGUGAUUUCAAGUUUUUGGCUUACUUACAAUACAUACGAAAACAGAUAUUUCUGACUUGUUUGACAUGAAAAUAAAAUAUAAUCUUGAAAAUACUAAUAAUAAAACACUAUUACGCGCAUUGUAUUAAAUCCAGUGUGUCUUUACAUUUGUUUUUGUUGUUAAAAUCGGUGUGAAAACUUUUCAAAACAUCGAACUACAAGUUUAACUUUUCAUAUAAAACAACUCAUAACUUUUUUAUUUGAUUUAGCAGACAAAAAGAUACCUGUGAAUUGAAUUGAAUUGAAUUGAUUGACAGGACUUACAUAAGUUUCGGCGAAACUUAUUGAAGAAAAAUUCAAAAGGUUGCAUCGAAUCAAUCUUUCUCCAGUGAAUUUGAUUUUGUCAUCGCAUUACAAAUACGCUCUGAUCUUUUCCAGUCAGAACUGAGAACCAGGCUAGACCCACCAAAUUAUUGUAGCAUCUCUGAAAUAUGGGGCACUGCCUGAAUGAGGCGCAUUUCAGUUGUAUGCGGUGAAACAUCAAAACCAUGGUUUUACAUUACCGUAAAGAUGCAUUUUGCAUGCAUCAUUCGUCAACCACAUAUAAUCCUAGUCUAUCGUGAAAUGUAGUUUUGGAAUAUAAAUAACCGGAAGUUUUCUCUUUUAACAAAAUUUAGAUGAUAAUGAAUGUAGAGGAUCGCCUUGUGAUGCAAAUGGUAUAUGUACCAACACUAUUGGAUCUUUUAAAUGCGCAUGUGACAAGGGUUAUUCUGGAGACGGAUUUUCUUGUAUUGGUAAGACAUCAUUGCACUGGCCGAUUCGAAUAAUGGGUCAAUUUUCAUAUCAAACCUUCAAUUUUAAAUACAAUCUUAAUCUCAAUCCUAAUUCUAAUGUGACCCAAUCCUUGAAUUUUCCGCCACAAGUGAAAAUUACCUCAUAACCUGUUCAUGAAGUCAAGUACCAAAAGAUCUUUCAAGACACCCAGUAUGUAAUUGUGACAACAGUUGUUAGCUUUUUUAGUGGAUUCGUGGAUUCUGACUGAACAAAUUUUUCAGUUCCAUUCAUUGCUCCCAACAGUUCUAACAUAGGGAUGGACUAAUUACCAUUUCUAUCAUAUCCUGCUGAAAUUUCAGCGCAUGAAAAAAGCACUACCGUCCAAGGAAUUUAUCCAACGUGUAACUGAAUCAGAUUGGAUAUUAAACGGACGUUGAUUCUCAUAAGAAUCGAAUGAAUAGUAUUAUCUUCACGUUUAACGAAACAAUUAAUGGCGCAUCUUUCUCUUUUUUAUCGUUGUUGUGAAAACUUCAUCAAGGAAUGAAAAAAUGUAUAGCAUACUUUUUUUCAAUUUUAGACAUCAAUGAAUGCCUAGGAAAUCCAUGUGACGUGAAUGCAAAAUGUGACAAUUCACCUGGAUCGUUUUCGUGUACUUGCAACAUAGGUUACUCAGGGGAUGGUUUUGCCUGCAAUGGUAAGUGCAUUUUCUAAAAAAGGUGAACAAUCUUGUGGCAAAUAAAUUGUAUAUUUGUAUACAGGUAUUUCAAUCAAAGUUGUGCCAAACAAUACACAAUAGUCAGAUGUACAAUCCGACCGCGAGGAGUAAAAUGGUAAUGAGAUGUUUUUUAGGGUAAAAUGUAUUAUAAAUCCAGUCCUGGUGAGGUACGCAAGUGGUGUGCAUUCAUAUUUACAUACAAACAACUACUUGAUACAGCUGAAAUCAAUUGCAAGCUUGACUAUAUCAAAUGAGAGUGGAAAUAAUAGGAGUGGAAGUGAAAGAAGCAGUUUUUUACUUACAAAUAUCAACCAUUUUUUUCCGCUUUAAUUUGCAUGGGAAUUGCUAAAACAAAACUGAAGCAUCUAAAGUUAUAGAUUUCUUUAUACGACACCAUUUAGCGAACAACUAAUAAAAACUAUUUAAUUAGGAAUACCCAACAGGUUAGCCCUUGAAUUGUACAUUUGAAUAUUAAAUACUUGGCAACCUUAAUUGAAAUAGCUGUAUUUUCUGGGCUGUUUUAAUCAGCGUGACAGAGCGGUAGGUGGUGGUCAACUUAGAAGAGUUCGCACUGAUAGGAGUAUAGGCACAUGAAACUGCGUUUCUCAAUUAUCACAAAUUUAUUUUUCUCCAAAUGCAAUAGUCAAGACUACAAAAUAUAAUAUAAAAAUAAUCAUUCUUCAUGAUAACUAACGGUUGAUCACCAUCUGCUGAACGAUAGAGCUUACUGCUGAAAGACACCUAUAUCAAUAGUGACUGGCGACAAUGUUGGAAGAAAUGUUCACCAACACUUCGCGAAAUAUGGGGGGGGGGGAGAUUUUGGUUACUAAUAUAUAUAUGAGCACCAUUCGUUGGUGUAACCAUAGAGAUUAUAAAUAACACUAGAGGAGGCAUCGAGGGUGAAAUUUGGGAGCGCGGUAAUGGGGGGCAAAUUGAAAUCCAGAAUGACCGCCACACAAUUGUUGGUUUACACAAUUGUUCUGGUUAAACCACAAAAAUUUAAAAACAAGAGUAACAAAACUGGGUAUUUUAUAUGUUUUGCCUGUCAUUACUACAAAAAUUCCCCCCAAAUUUUGAAUUUAAACGAUUAAUUCCUGUUGACAAGAUCACAAUUGCUGACGUCAGCAUUAUUUUGGAGCGCUCUCAAAAAUGUGUUAUGGACAAAAUUGAGGUAAAAAUGCUUGGUAAAAAUCAAAACGGGACUACUUAACUGCCAUAAACAAGAAUUCCAAGAUUUUGGCUCAAAUUCGCUCUUAUUUUAGCAUUUUAAUUUUUUGCCCCCCAAUAGCCGCGUUCUCUUUCUUUGACUGAACAAAGAUUACGAUGCCUCCUCUAGCGUUAUUUAUAAUCUCUAUGGGUGUAAUACCUCUCCAUUCAUCAUAGAUUCGGUUAAUGUCUGCUAGACGCGGCAAAUGUCUGCUAGAAUCGGCAAAUUGUUUUCGGAAGAAUGGGAAAAUUUUUUCGUGUUGGUUUGAGUGGCUCGGAAUUAAAAAUUAUGAUAUGUAGCCAUGUAGGGAAUUGUAUUUUCGGAAAAAUUAUGAUAUGUCUGAAAAACUUUUGCAUGUACGGAAAAAUUUUGAUAUCUAAAAUUUUUGUUUGUCCGAAAAUGUUUUGUAUGUCCGGAAUUUUUUUUGCAAAACUUGGCAAAAUUAACUCCCCCCCCCCCCCAUUGAAAGAGGUCUAGCGACGCCCCUGGCACCAUUUGUUGCUGGGGAUCUUAAAUAAUUCUUUACUUUAACAAUACUUUUUUGCCGGAAAUGUCAUACAAUAUAUGGUAGAAAAUUAUUGUCACAGCUUUAAUUGUUACACAGUUAUCCAGCUAUCAGUCGAAGGCUUUCGAAAUAAUUGGGCGGGGGGGGGACAUACAAUUGUCUGCCACUGUUUAUUGCAGCAUGAUUGCAUGAAAAGCUGAAUACUAUAUACAGUGACGUUGCCAGCAGAGGGGGAGGGGGAGAGACUCGGGGCAAAAUAUUGGAGCCCUUUGGAAAAAUUCUGACCAUAAAUUCUGUAUUUCUUGUAAUGUAAAUUUUAUAUCUUUCUAUGUUUUAAAGCUCUGGAUUUGUUUGUGAUUAAGUGGAGUUGUUAAUUAUGUAUUAACUGGUUAUUUAAAGUCACCAAAACACAUUAAAAUAGCCCCCAAAAUGAUGAAAUGCCACUUUACCGAGUCCAGUCUAUUGUAUACAUAUUAUGUAUGGAUAGUGUGGGAAUCCAAAUAAAUUUUCACAUAAUAAACAAACUUCAGUUGAACUAGCGCAAGGUACCUCCUGGAAACCACAUGGUGCAAUCACAGUGACGUAACCUUGACUAGAAAUCCUGGCUACGUCACUGUGAUUGCACCACUUCCACUGAAAACUAUUAUUUGUGUUUACGAGUAUAUGAUUUUAAAUUAAUAAAGUUUGCCAUUCGUCGUUAAAAUCGAAAAGGGAACAUUAUUAAUAGGAUUGAUUUAUCAUGUAUUAACCAGUUUGCACUACAAAAUUAAAUUCUUGACUCAAAAAUGUGGGUAGAAUCAGGGUAAAAUAAUUCACCCACCAAGUGACUCAAAAUUUUGAGUACAGUUACUCAAAUUUGAUUAGCAAAUUUACUCGGCAAUUUUUUCAGUAAAGUUUUAAAAUUUACUCAAUCUUUUGAGUAAUUAAAGAUUUACUUUACUAAAUAAAUGAGUAAAUUUGAAUAAUUUUACUCAAAAUUUGGCUCACUGCAGUGGGUGCAUUGUUUUACUUACGUUUUUGAGUCAAAAUACUCAGGGAGUUUUUGCAAUGUGUACAUCAUCAAACUUACGAUCAGGUGCUGAUAUGCCUUUUACAAUAAUCAGAAUAUUAAUAUGGCCUUCAUUUAGUGGUGUUCAAAUUAAGAUGUAAGAAUAUAGAAAUUAACUUUAAAAAUGUGUCGAUAAACCUUUAUCCAUUUCUUAACAUCAACAAUGCUUCUAUAGAAAUGUCAACGAGACCAUAAGAAACAGAGUGCAAAAGUUCAAACCAAAAAGACCACAUUUCUGUUUAAAAAUAAAAAAUUUCCGAAAGGAUUAAUUUAGGCAAAGCAAAUGCAUUCCAGCGUUAGCGCAUUCCUCUAUAAAGGUUUUUUGCAACGAAAAGAACUUUGCAGUUUUUACGUACGCCAUUUUUCAAAAAGGCUGUACUCCAUUAAGUCCAUUUGAGAACUAAAACUAUUUAUACUGCCGUCUGAAAAUUGAAACUCAAUGUUUUCGUACAAGACGCAUGAUUCAUUUAUUCAUUACAUUUACGAAAACUCCGCACCUGUAUUAUUCCAGACAUUGACGAGUGCCAGGGCAGUCCAUGUGAUGUAAAUGGUAAAUGUUCCAACAAUCCAGGAUCAUUUCAAUGUGAAUGUAACAUUGGAUAUUCUGGAAAUGGAUUUACAUGCACAGGUAUUGAAUGAUUUCAAUUGCUUCGUUGCAAUAGUUGUGGUGAAAUUUACGAUUCAAAUGAUCAAAUCUAGUCUUUAUAACAUAAUAUUUUGAAUGGACUAGUGUUAACGAUAAUUAACAACAGUAUAAAUAUUCACAAUGUCAAGUAUGUCACACAUGUUUGCUUGUAAACAUUUAUCGAUUAGAAGUUAAAAUUCAAUGAUAAAAAGGAUUAAAACGACAAAAACAGUACCUACUGUACCAUAUAUACCUGCAUGUGUGAAUACCGUAUAUCCUGUUGUACUGUUGUACAGUUGCAGGAAUAUUACAAAUCGCAAUCCAACUCCCUUUGAUCUCUAUAAUAUAUAAUGGAUAAACUCUUGUUCAUACCUCUGAAAUAUUUCACAAAUAGCCAAUGUCUUUCCGAAACAAACAAAGCAGCACAAAGCAAACAAAGCACAAUCAUGAACAACACUGAACAAACAUGAAUAUUGUUACCAUAAUUUGCAGGUAAAAGAAAAAAUGAAACAAAUCAAUAAAAGAAUGAAUGCAUUAUUUGAAAUGUCGAAUUUAAAAACAUGACUUUUCCAGCAUUUCUAUCGUACUUGAUGUCUAUUACAACAAUGAUAUUAUUAGAAAAGCAUAUUUUUUAAAUUUCAUUCUAUGCCCGUCAUAUACCUGUAUUCCAGACAUUGACGAGUGCCAGGGCAGUCCAUGCGAUGUAAAUGGUAAAUGUUCCAACAAUCCCGGGUCGUUUGAAUGUGAAUGUAAUAUUGGGUAUUCUGGAAAUGGAUUUUCUUGUACAGGUACUUUUAAAACGGCCAUCUUUCUCAGUGUUACAAACAUUUUAUAUGGUAAUACAUGAACACAUGUAAUUCAAAACAUGCAUACCCAAUCAGGGAUUAUUUUAUUUAAAGAAGUUUAUAUAUAUCAUGCAGAUAGCGAUGGAGUGCUGAGUAGGUUUCCAGAUUAUAAGUUAUUCCAUGUUGUACUGGGUCACCUAAAAAUUGGCUUUCUUACCAAUUUUAAAAAUUAAGUAUUGUCUUCUUUUGGUAUUUACUAAUGUAAACAAACGCUUUGUUUACAUACUGAAUUUUUAACACUCUUCUGGUUCGCUAUGCUUGUAAAUAAAUGCAGACUAGAGGUUCAAUUCAAGAAAAUUCAAAAGAUACGAAAUAUUAAUAACAUUGGUCGGGUUCCGACCAUUGGAAUGUAAGCCUGCGCAGAACGUAUGCGCAAAACGGACUUUACAUGGUCUUUAAACAUAAUUUGUGAUAAGUGAUGCAAUCCUUUCACGAGUUCACAUCACCUAUUUUUAAACUAUAUUAAAGAAAAUCAUUACUGCACAAAAUUCCAUUUAUCACUCCACAAAUUCCAUUUAUCACUGCAAAAAUCCCAUUUAUCACUGCAAAAAUCCCGUUCAGUCACUGCACAAAUUGGUUGUCACUGCAGAUUAUAAUAAUAAAACAUUUUAGGCCUAUAUGAAAAGUUUUUAAGUGAUAUAUCUGACGAUGAUUUGGAAUACGAUGUUUCUUCAAUGGUACUAAUAGUUUGAAUUGGAGGCUUAAAGCACCUGAUCGACGGAUGAUGUUAUGUUUGAUAUGAACAAGUUGCCGACAAACUUUGACAAUCUAAUUUUAAGCCGGCAAUAUAUGAGCAGAAUCUAAGAACACAACAUGACAUCGCCAAUAUUAAGUAUAUUAAUUCUAGGCCUGCAACAACUUAGGUUAUAUGUUUUUUUUACUCGAGUAUAUUGGUACACAAUACGUGUCACAUCGUUUACCAUCCAAAUCACGGACAUUUUCUUAUGUCAGAGUUUAAUUAAUAUGCAAUGAGAAAAUGCACUUCUCGUAUAUAUUUUAAUUAAAAUUAGACAUUGAUGAGUGCCUGGGCAGUCCAUGUGAUGUAAAUGGUGAAUGUUCCAAUAAUCCAGGAUCGUUCGAAUGUGAAUGUAACAUUGGGUAUUCUGGGAAUGGAUUUACUUGUACAGGUAUUGAAUGAUUUCAAUUGCUUCGUUGCUAAGGGAAUAUAUCCUGCUAUAGGAAUAUCACAAAUUGCAAAUCCAAGUCACUUUCUAUCUCUAGUGCAUGGGUGUUUUUUUGUCAUACUAUUACAUAUAUUUCACAACACUUAUCUUACGGCAUAAACUAUAAUUUAUCGCUUCCUUUAUUUAACACUAUAUCUGGGGGAUAUCUUGUCACGAUGAGCUCUGUUUUCUGUGCAUGUUCUUUACGCAAUAAACGAGUCAGACACCACUUGGAAUAAUUAUGGCAAUGUGCGUAUUGCAUAACGCACAUGCCGGUUUAUUAAUUUUGUAAUCAAUGACAUAAGUUUAACAUAACAAAUUAUUAACCAAAGUAAUUCAUUAACAGUUAGCACAGAAAAGGUGGGGGUAAUAAAAACGCCCACAACUAACAGUAACAACUAUAAUAACAAAUAUACAAGUAGAAUAGUCUUGCGUUCGGAAAAACGGGGAGGAGGGUGGGGAAAAACUUGACUUUAAAAUACAGACGACUUUGCGCUACCAAAGCGAAGAGCAGAAUGAACCAGAUGCGCAUUCUGCUAUAGAUAUGUCUCUCCCUUCCGUUUUCCAUGCACGCAUUACAUUCAUGUGAUCAGAAAAUUACGGGGAAAAUACCCAUGUGUCCCAUGUCAAGUUUGUCUAUUUAUAUAUCCUAAGCUCAGGAAGCAAUAAAAUCUUCAUUGGUAUGCCAAUAAUUACUAUAAUUGAAGAUUACACUGAUUACGUGUACUUCAAGAAAAUGGCAGGCACCACAGAAUAUGCCAAUGUCUUUCCGAAACAAUUAAAACAAGGUAUGCAUGGCAAAACGCAAACAAAACACAAGCAUUAACAAUUAAGACUAAACAAAGUUUAACAUGUCGAAUAUUGUUACCAAAAUUUGCAGAUAAAAGAAAAAUGAAACAAAUCAAUAAAAGAAUAAUCGAUUGCAUUAUUCAAAUGUCGAAUUAGAAAAGAUGAAUUUUCCGGCGUUUCUACGUACUGUAUUUUUUGUCAAUUAUACAACAAUGAUCAUAGGCGUACCGGGCGGGGGGGCGGGGGGGGGGGCGGUAGCCCCCCCAGUUUUUUGGGCAGUCGGGCAAUAUUCGAUGAACAGUCGGGCAAUUUCGGUUUGCAAUAAAAAAAAAUGGGACAAAUUCUGUCAAUUCUGUCUAAAAUUAAGUCAAUUUUUGGCAAAUUUUGUGAUUUUUCGAAAAUUUGUGUUAUGUUCCUAAUUUUUUCCUUCCGGUACGCCCAUGACAAUGAUAUAUUAUUAAGAGUAUAUUUAAAUUUCAUUAUAUCCCCAUCAUGUAUUCCAGACAUUGACGAGUGCCAGGGCAGUCCAUGCGAUGUAAAUGGUAAAUGUUCCAACAAUCCCGGGUCGUUUGAAUGUGAAUGUAACAUUGGAUAUUCUGGAAAUGGAUUUUCUUGUACAGGUACUUUUGAAACGGCCAUCUUUCUCAGUGUUACAAACAUUUUAGAUGGUAAUAUGUGAACACUUGUAACUAUUCAAGACACAUGCAUGCAUAUAUACAAUUAAUUAAAACAUUUGAUGUGAAACGUUUUUCAAGUAUAAUGUCUCUGAGAUUGAGAAUGAUUUGGAAAACGAUUUAUGGUAUUUGAACUUAAAUGGUUUUGAACUGGAGGCUUAGAGCACCUGAUCGACGGAUGAUAUGUUAUUUGAACUAUGCUGUUUGAUAUAAACAAGUUGCCGAUAAGCUUUGACAAUCUAAUUUUAAGCUGGCAAUAUAUGAACACAAUAUGCUGAUAUCGCCAAAUUGAAAUAAGUAUACUCUAGGUCUGUAACAACUUAAUCGUUUCUUUGUAGUGGAAAAUAAGACAAUGAUAUUUUGAUAUUAUGCCGGAGAGAUUUUCUCAUAGCAUAUUAAACUGUGACAUAAGAAAACAUCUGUGAUUUGCAUGGUAAACGAUGUGACACAUAUUUUGUACCAAUAAUCCAAUAUACCCGAGUAAAAAACGCACAACUUAACAAAACUAAAUUGAACUAAAAUUUAGACAUUGACGAGUGCCAGGGCAGUCCAUGUGAUGCAAAUGGUAAAUGUUCCAACAAUCCAGGAUCAUUCGAAUGUGAAUGUAACAUUGGAUAUUCUGGAAAUGGAUUUACAUGUACAGGUAGCGUUUUCAUUUGCUUUUUGGCAUGAGCAAACUUUCAUCAAAUUUUUGCCCAAAGAUCUUGUAAUAUAUGGCGAUCCUAAUAGUCAGAUUGUGUUUAAAAUCAUCAAAAAUCACCAAGAAUGGUAUUUCAAUUAAUGCAGACUAGAAGAAGACUGAAAUUCGGCAGCAACAAAACGGUCAGCAUAUACUGGCAAGCUAAAUCGUAUCCCUAAUAUUAUACAUGUUUUUCUUUACACUAACUACAGGGUGUCCCAAAAAAAAUGCCCCCUGUCAUAUUUGGUCGUAUUACUUCGCUAUAAUUAAUCAAAGGUUCAAUUUUUUUGCAGUGAGUUGAAAAACAAUCAUAUUAUAUUAAUCGUAGUAUUUAUCUCACCAAAAAACUUAACCGUUCGGCUUCUAGAGAUACUUAAGGUGACGACACCAAUUUUGCAACCCGUCCAAAUUACAGAAAUUAGGUUAAAAAUAAUGCAAACUUUACCGAAGGAUUGCUAAAGUUUCUACCCACCUUUUUGAUCAAAAACAAAAUGUUUUCAUCUCUGUUAUUAAACUUUUGUUUCUUGUAGAAAUUAAUAAAAAAAAGACAAAAAAUCCCUGGCAAAUUGACAAAGGCAAAGAUGAGGUUGGGAAAAUGCCUUAAAUUUGCUGUUUUCCGUUCAAUUUGUUCCAUGAAAGAGCAAAUGUUGGGAUUUCGGCACUAGUCUUUCCCCUUUUCUGGGGAUUGCUUCAUUAUUUUUACAGAAAAUUAAUUUGCGAUUUUGGCUACAACUAAUUACAAGUUUUAGAAAAGAUAUGUAGCCAUUUACCAUUAAAAUAUUUUAUGACGUUCCGUAAUAUGUUUAAACAUAAUAUCCUCAAUUUGGACAAGUGGCAAUAUUGGUGUCACCACCUUAAGUAACUCUAGAAGGCGAACGGUUAAAUAUUUUGGUGCGAAAAAUGCAACGAUUAACGUAAUAUGUUCAUUGAUAAAGAAAAAUGAAAACAUUUGAAUAUUCGAUUACAGGUAACGAUGUAGUACCACAAAAUAUGAUAGGGGGCAUUUUUUUGGGGACACCCUGUAUAUGUACAAUAUAUGAAAUUUCGCUUUAGAUAACAACGAAUGUCUGAGAGGCCCAUGUGACGACAAUGCUGUGUGUGGAAAUACAGAUGGAUCGUAUUCAUGUACUUGUAGAAAAGGAUACUCUGGAAAUGGAUUCUUCUGCGCAGGUAAUUUAAGCUCGGCCUAACGGUUAUACGUCAUGGUACUACAGUGGUAGUCAAAGGUCAACUACAGUUUUCGAUAACAGUAGAUGGUAUAUUCAAAAUGACAGCCGGAAAAUUAAUUAAAAUAAAUAAAUGCAAUAAUGAAUCACUGUCGAAGUAUUCCACGAUCUUUUUUCGAUUUUCUCUUAAAAUAGUUUUCGAAUUUCUCUUAAAAUGGUAACAAUGAAGUUCUAGAAAGCAUAUUUCAACUGACAGCCAGCGAUUUUCUAUUUUACCAACCCUGGACAUUCUUAACUGAUACAAAUCUAUUGAAUUUAAUUUGUUCAAUUGAUACAUCAUACAUGUGUCAUUUAUGUUGUUAUUUUCUCGUGGGCUUUCCAUAUCUCUAAACAUAUAACAAUGGUGCAAUCCAUUGUCUAUUCAUCGUUUUGAAAUCCACUGUUCUUCCUGCCAUCCAGUCAGUUUCUCAUUUUAUCUUUGUUUUAAAGACAACAACGAGUGCGUUAAUAGACCGUGUGAUGGGAACGCGAAAUGUAAAAACUCACCUGGAUCAUUCUCAUGUGCCUGCAAUGUUGGAUAUUCAGGAGAUGGGUUUGCUUGUGAAGGUAGGA